AUGGAUUUAUCAAUUUUAUUAGCUCUUGCAUCUGGAAUAAUUAUAAUUGUGUUAAUAUUUUUUGUAUUAAGGGAACGUUCCAAAAGCUCAGAUGAAGAGCAAGAAGCACCAAAUGAAGAACAGAGGCAAAGGAGAGGAGCUCCAGCUCCAAGAAAUGCUCGGGCUAGGCUAAGAGCAGCUGCUGCAGCACAUGACAAUGAAGAAGAAGUUGAGGAUGUUGAACAAGAAAAAGUUGGAGCAAAAAAAAGGGCAAAACUCGAAGCAAAGGCAGAAAAGAAAGCACAAAGAGAAGCUGAAGAAAGAGAGCGAGAAGAGAAAAAGAAAAGAAAGGAAGUGUUAGAGGAAGAAAAAAAACGUCAAGAAGAGAAAGAAAAGCUUGAUGAACAGAAAAGGGAAGAAGAGGAAAAAAAAGCUAAAGAGGAGCAAGAAAGGAGAGAACAUGAAGAAUAUUUGAAGUUAAAAGCCUCAUUUAACAUUGAAGAAGAAGGUUUCGAUGAGACUGAAAUACGGGAGGAUGAAAAUCUUCUGCAGAAUUUUAUUUCUCACAUACAGAACACAAAAGUGUUGCUUUUGGAAGAUUUGGCCUCAAAAUUCCACAUGAAAACACAAUCAGUAAUUGAUAGAAUCCAAGAUUUACAAGCAGAAAAACGAUUAACAGGUGUCAUUGAUGACCGGGGAAAAUUCAUUUAUAUUUCACAAAAGGAAUUGGAGGCAGUUGCAAAAUUUGUUAAACAAAGAGGACGAGUCUCAAUUGCAGAACUUGCUGAAAAUAGCCAGCAACUUAUCAACUUAAACCCAAAUAUUGUUGUUGAAUCUUAA